AUAUACUGUGAUUGUGAAGCCUCUUGGCCAACAGCUUUUUCGAGAAGGCUGGGCUAGAGUGGAGCAUGGAGCACGACGAUCUUCGCAGUGCAGGUGGACUGGGACUCUCCUCUCUUGGUCCUCUAGGGGCUCCGCCAUCCUUCCUCUCCCCCCAAGCACCGCCUCUCGCACCUCUGAGAGCUACCCCCCACAAGGCCGACCAGCGACCCCUACCUCCUCCGCCUGGUCCCCCGACUCCUGCGUUCAGACAACAGCCGCCCCCAAUGAAGUCGUGCCUCAGCUGCCACCAGCAGAUUCACCGCAAUGCACCAAUCUGUCCUCUCUGCAAGGCCAAGUCACGCUCACGUAACCCCAAGAAGCCCAAGAAGAAGGAUUAAGUCUGCUAUGCACGGUCAAAACAAGCGAGAAUGUCUGUUCAGUAGUCGUUCCAAGCAGACCUUUUAUCUUACCUUCUCUUUUAUUUUUUCUGUUUGUUUUUUUUAUAAUAAUUUUUUUUAUAAUAAUCUGCAGUAUAUUUUGGGGUACUUGUUCAUGGUCAGAUGAUGUGGUUAUAUAUCUUAGUCAUAGGAAUCUUCAUUUUUUCUGUCUGUCUUUCUCCUCUGGUAGAUCUGUCGUGCAAUUUUCCUAGAAUCUUUUUGAAAACUAUCAUAAAAAUGUAGCAAACUCGGUAUUGAAAGAGAUAAUUUUGCAGUGAAAUUGGAAAAUUGGACACUAAAUUGUAAUAUUAGUAGGUGUUAAUUUUUUAAGGAGAUUUUACUUCUAAAGAAUCAAUGAAAGGAUAAGAAUUUCGAUCUUUUUCUCUCUAUCUCUCUUUCAUUUAGUAUUUUUAAAAAGGAUAAUGAAAAAAAAAACAAGGGGAUUUCCUUAUAGGCAUUUAGAAUUAAUGAUGUGUUGAUCACGUUUUUCUCAAGAAUAACUCGAAUCUCGCUGCAAAAGCAAACAAUGUGACACUUUAAGUCAUUUGAAACUUUUGUUCAAACCACUCCAUAUAAGAAAAAGCUACCUCUGUGGUUAAUUAAGUGAGGAAAACAUGUCACUGUGUGGAAGGGUGUUUUUACUGGCUUUUCUAGGAUGUGUGCAUAAGUGGUAGGGAUUAGAUAUUUUAGUAGGCUGCAGUGUAUUUUUUUUUUUUUUUUUUUUUCCUUUUUUUUUAAUAAGGAAUAUGUUAUGCUGUAUUCUCAGAAUGUUCCUAAGAAUUUUUUUUCUGUAGUGCCAAAUGUAUAUAUUAAGGAACAUGGUAAGUGUAUGUUGUCAUAACCCUGUAAUGUCAGCCGUGUACUUAUCUUCAGAAGCGAAACAAAAUGCAAGGAGUUUGUGUAUGUGCGUGUAUGAUGACGUCUAUUUUUGUGUGUACUUAGUAUAUCUAUGUACAUGUAUACCACAUGCUUGUAUAUGUGUGUAAGAUCUUGUACUUGUAAUUAUUAUUAUUUAUUUAUUUUUUUUUUUUUCAUAAAUCUUCUUGGCAGCUAGCAGUCAUUUUUGAGUUGUGAAAUGCAAUAAUGUCAUAAUGUUAAUUCCUCUUAAUUUAGUAUCUUUGUCUUAUUAUAGUUGUUUUAAUAUAAUUUUCAAUUUGAAUACAUUUAAUAAGACAGAUAUGUAAGCCGAAGCAAUUCUUGACUCUUUAUGUAGUUUUUUUCAAUGCAAGAGGCAUGUUGGCCAAUUUUGAAAGUAUUUAUUUUUGUCUGAUAUAUUUUUUAUUUUCAUGUGGCUUAACACUCGAUAACAGGAUACUCAUGUAAUUCCUUGUAUGUCUGGUUUGUCUUACUCUUGUUAUUUUCGCAGCUUAGGAUUUAUUAUUCAAAAUAUGUGGGCAUUCAUUGUCAGUUCAUUGAAUCGACUUCUUUUUUCAGUAGGAAGUGUCGAGCAUAAAUAACUAGGAAAGUGAUUUCUGACAAAAAUAAUGUGGGAAAUAUAUGAGUAGCGCUCAUGUUAGAAAUAUUGACAUCCCAGUAUAGAAGACCCAUAUCCCUGGGAGAGAAUGUGCACGUGUGUGUGUGCAUGUGCGUGUUUGUGUUCGCAUGUGCAUACAAGUGUGUGGGUGAGCAAGUGUAUGCCAUUUUUCACAUGUUGCACAACACAGUGAGUCAUUGUUGAGAGUUGGUAGUCAGUGACACAGUAAAAUUAGGAAUUUUUUAUAUGUAUUUAUUUUUUCAAUAUGCUGUAAUCUGCUUUAUACGUAACUGUUAAUCAGUCAAGAAGGGAUCAGUUGAUAUUGUUUUGAUGUAAUGAUUGUGUGACGGAUUAUGGUCUACAUAUUUUUCUUUACCUUUCUGUAGUCGCAGUAAUUUUUUGUAUUCAUUGUUGGCGCAGACAUUUUUAUAAGAAUGUCGUUGGUAACUUUUACAAUUUGUACUUCAGUCUUGAUGGUCAUUAAAAAUACUGUGUACUUA